AAACGCUGUUUCCGGGAGGUGGAGACUGUAUGUGACAGCAGAAGUGUAAGCAGCAGAGGCUGAGGGGCUUACAGCCGUCCACAAGACUAACGACCACCUGACUGGAGGGGCUUUCAGCGACUAUUAUCCUACGACAUGGAGCUCGCCCACAGCUUGUUACUGAAAGAAGAUGCUCUGGCUCAGGUUACAGAGGCUAAAAAAUCAGUCUUUAUCUUUGAAUGGCUGCGCUUCCUGGACAAAGUGCUCAUAGCUGCAAACAAGACCGACAUUAAGGAAAAUCAGAAAAAGCUUGUGGAGCAGCUGACCGGACUCAUCAGUAGUUCCCCUGGGCCACCUACACGCAAGCUACUAGCCAAGAAUCUUGCUACUCUCUACAGUAUUGGGGACACCUACACUGUGUUCCAAACACUCGACAAGUGCAAUGAAAUGAUCAAGAGCAAAGAUGACACUGCUGCCUAUCUCCCAACCAAGCUGGCUGCCGUUGCUUGCGUGGGAGCAUUUUAUAAAAAGAUGGGCAGGAUGUUGGGAAGCACCUUCCAUGAUACUGUGAAUAAUCUCCUUAAGUCAUUAAAAAGUGCAGAGUCACAGGGUCGAAGUGAUAUCUUGAUGAGUCUGCAAAAAGUUCUCAGUGGUCUUGGAGGAGCUGCAGCGUCCAGUCACCGAGACAUUUACAAAAAUACUCGAUCUCUUUUGACAGACAGAUCCAUGGCUGUUAGAUGUGCCGUCGCCAAGUGUUUGCUGGAGCUGCAGAGUGAGGCCGUAUUUAUGUGGACAGCGGAGUUGGAGAAUGUAGCCACACUAUGUUUCAAGGCACUUGAAGGUUCCAAUUAUGGGGUCAGGGUUGCAGUGUCGAAACUUCUGGGAACGGUUAUGGCUACUGCUUUAAUGCCAAAACAGGCAGCAGUGAUGCGGCAGAAUGUGAAGAAAGCUACAUUAGAGGAGGUGCUGGAGCUGAUGGCAACUGGAUUUUUACGUGGAGGUUCUGGAUUCCUUAAAAGUGGAGGAGAAAUGCUGAAAGGUGGAGGAUCCAUUAGUCGAGAAGUCAGAGUGGGUGUAACACAGGCAUAUGUGAUCUUCGUCAAAGCGUUAGGAAGGCAAUGGCUGGAGCGCAAUUUUGCUACAUUUCUCUCUCAUGUACUUGACCUUGUGUCACAUCCUCGUGCUACACAGACACAUGUGGAGGCAGUCUACUCCAGAAGAUGCGUGUCCUUUAUUCUCAGAGCCACAGUUGGCAGUUUGCUAGGAGAAAAGGCUCAAAAUGCAGCAGCUAAAGAAAUAUGCCAGGCUAUUAGCAAACAAAUGAAAUCUGUCGAGGCUGUUGUAAAUGAUGCCAACAAUGAGAACAAAGUUGGCACUGCAGAUGUGUCUGCCAGUCAGCAUGUCAUGGUAUGUGCACUGCAAGAGCUGGGAAGCCUUGUUCAGAGUCUGAACUCUACUGCAUCUCCUCUUAUACAGGAGCAGUCCAUAGGACUUCUAGAUACUGUCACCUCUGUGCUUCUUCACCCCAGCAUGGCAGCAAGGCUGGCAGCUGCAUGGUGUCUACGUUGUGUUGCUGUGGCGCUACCCUUUCAGCUUACUCCACUCUUGGAUAGAUGUGCAGAGAGACUUAACAACCUAAAAAAUUCACCUGAAGCUGUUAGUGGGUACAGCUUUGCUAUGGCUGCUCUGCUUGGAGGUGUACAUCAGUGCCCCUUGGGCAUCCCUCACUCCAAAGGAAAGAUGAUGGUCAGUAUAGCUGAGGACCUGCUGCGUACAGCAUCACAGAACAGCAGACUCUCUCUGCAGCGCACACAGGCUGGCUGGUUGCUCCUUGGUGCCCUGAUGACCUUAGGUCCCUCGGUUGUGCGUUACCAUCUCCCUAAAAUGCUUCUGCUGUGGAGAAAUGUCUUCCCUCGUUCCUUGAAAGAGCUGGAGGCUGAAAAAGCUCGGGGAGACUCCUUUACUUGGCAGGUGACUCUGGAAGGCCGUGCUGGAGCACUUUGCGCCAUGCGUAGUUUUGUUGCUCAUUGCCCUGAGCUGCUCACAGAGGAUGUGAUCAGGAAGCUAAUGACACCCAUUGAGUGUGCUAUGACCAUGAUGUCUCACAUCCUGUCUGUGAUUAAGGCUCAUGGGGCACACCUAAAGGCCAGUGCUGCUAUGGUCCGUCUCAGACUGUACGACAUUUUGGCUUUGUUACCUCCAAAGACAUAUGAAGGAAACUUCAAUGUGCUUCUUCGUGAACUUGUGGCUGAAUUUACCUUAACGGACAACUCUUCCAACACGACCACGUCUUUGCUGCGCUCCCUGUGUCACUAUGAUGACAGUGUUCUGCUGGGCUCUUGGCUGCAAGAGACAGAUCACAAAUCAAUCGAAGAUCAGCUUCAACCUAAUAGCGCUUCGGGAAGUGGUGCCCUGGAGCAUGACCCUUCCUCCAUCUACCUGCGUAUCCCAGCGGGUGAGGCUGUGCCAGGACCACUGCCUCUUGGAGUUUCCGUCAUUGAUGCCUCUGUGGCUCUUUUUGGUGUUGUUUUUCCUCAUGUGUCAUUCAAACACAGAUUACAAAUGCUUGAUCACUUUGCAGAGUGUGUGAAGCAGGCUAAGGGGGUCCGCCAGCAGUCUGUGCAGCUCAACAUCUUUACAGCGGUGCUCAGUGCUCUUAAGGGCUUGGCAGAAAACAAAAGCUCUCUGGGUCCAGAAGAAGUACGAAAAUCUGCUUUGACUUUAGUUAUGGGUGCCCUGGAUAAUCCUAACCCUAUCCUGAGAUGUGCCGCUGGAGAGGCCUUGGGCAGGAUGGCGCAAGUGGUUGGAGAGGCAACAUUUAUUGCCAGGAUGGCUCAACACAGUUUUGACAAGCUAAAGUCAGCUCGGGAUGUAGUGUCCAGAACAGGCCACUCACUUGCACUUGGCUGCUUGCACCGUUACGUUGGAGGAAUUGGGUCAGGGCAGCAUCUGAAGACCAGUGUCAGCAUUCUCCUUGCACUUGCUCAGGACAGCACUUCGCCAGAAGUUCAGACUUGGUCUCUCCAUUCACUUGCACUCAUUGUGGAUUCAAGUGGUCCAAUGUAUCGGGGUUAUGUGGAACCAACACUUUCUUUAGUGCUUACAUUGCUGUUGACUGUCCCUCCUUCACACACAGAGGUGCAUCAGUGCUUGGGUCGGUGUUUGGGUGCAAUCAUAACAACUGUGGGUCCAGAGCUGCAAGGCAAUGGGCCAACGAUAUCCACCAUCCGUUCUUCAUGCCUUGUGGGCUGUGCAAUCAUGCAGGAUCACUCUGACUCACUCGUCCAGGCUGCUGCCAUCUCCUGCCUUCAGCAGCUUCACAUGUUCGCCCCUCGUCACGUCAAUCUGUCAAGUCUGGUUCCUUGUCUCUGCGUUCACCUUGGCAGUUCCCAUCUUCUACUGAGACGUGCGGCUGUAGCUUGCCUCAGGCAGCUGGCCCAGAGAGAAGCAGCAGAAGUAUGUGAAUAUGCCAUGAACCUGGCUAAGAAUGCAGGAGACAAGGAAAGCAGUGGCAUCAAUAUAAACAUAACAGAUACAGGUCUGGAAGGAGUAUUGUUUGGAAUGCUGGACCGAGAAAUAGACCGCAAACUGUGCUCGGACAUCCAUGACACAUUGGGUCACAUGCUGUCUUCAUUGGCGGUGGACAAACUGUCUCAUUGGUUGCUGUUGUGCAAAGAUGUCUUGGCAGCCACUAGUGAUGUGGGCACAGCCAGCCUGGUAGCCGGUGUAAGGGAUGAAGAGACUGAAAAGAAGGAGGACGUGGACGAUGACACAAUGUUCACCACACUGGGAGACGAUGAUAAAUCGAAACCAUUUGUAGCCCCUCGUUGGGCCACACGUGUAUUUGCAGCUGACUGUCUUUGCCGAAUUAUCAUGCUGUGCGAAAACGUUAACAAACCACACUUCGAUUUAGCUACCGCUCGCACCUUGAAAAUGAAAAAUCCCAAAAGUGACUUUUUGGUGUUACAUCUUUCUGACCUGAUUCGGAUGGCAUUCAUGGCCGCCACAGAUCACAGCAAUCAGCUGAGGAUGGCUGGUUUGCAAGCCCUGGAGGAUAUUAUUAAGAAGUUUGCUGCUGUUCCGGAGCCUGAGUUUCCAGGACAUGUAAUCUUGGAGCAGUAUCAGGCCAAUGUGGGGGCUGCUCUACGACCUGCUUUUUCACAAGACACUCCCUCAGACAUUGUCGCAAAAGCCUGCCAGGUAUGUAGUGCCUGGAUAGGGAGCAAAGUAGUCAGUGACUUGAAUGAUCUUCGCAGAGUACAUAACCUUUUGGUUUCCUCGCUGCAUAAAGCACAGGCUGGAAAAGGGUCAUCCAGUCAGCUGUACCGUGAGAGUGCCAUAACUAUGGAGAAACUAGCCGUAUUAAAAGGUUGGGCAGAGGUCUAUGUUGUGGCAAUGACUAUUAAAAAUGAAGCAGACAGUAAGCCCAGCAAAGCCGUCAAGACAAAUGAAGAUGAUGAUUAUGGUACCACAGAUGAACUUCCUCCAGAUAGCCUGAUAUCCUUAGUGGAAUCGGCUUUGCCAACGCUUAGCCGGUUGUGGCUGGCCGUGUUGAAAGACUAUGCUCUGCUCACCUUGCCACAGGAGUUUGCCAGCCAGCUUCCACCUGAUGGUGGAGAAUUUUACACCCCUGAAACAAUUGAUACAGCUAGGUUACAUUACCGCAACUCCUGGGCACCUAUACUACAUGCUGUGGCCCUCUGGCUCAACUCCACUGGCUUUAAUACUUUACAGACUGCAGAUGAGACAACCAUAACAGGCUCUCAGAAACGUAACCCCACCAUAGCGCUGAACCAGCCACCGGGAACACCACCCAGCCCUAAGUCACUUAUGGAGCUUAACAAAGAUAGAAUGCAUCUGAUAUUAGGUAUCAGCAUUCAGUUCUUCUGUGCACCUCGACCUGAGGAACCUGUUGAACAUGUCACGGCUUGCCUUCAGGCUCUGCAUAUUCUUUUGGAGUCGUCUUUUGCUAGGAGUCACAUAGCAGAAGACCAGGUGAUUGGAGUGGAACUUCUAAAUGUCUUACAUCGCUUACUACUGACCUGUAAUCCAACAUCUGUUCAACUGCUAGUCACCAGCGUGGUGCAGCAAAUUGUGCGGGCAGCAAACGACAAAUUACAGGAACAGAGAAAUGCUCAAAACAAAGAUGACACAAGUGAAAAGGAAACACAGGUAGUCUUGGGUGAAGGUGAAGAAAGUGGUGGCUUGAUCCCAGCAAAGUCUCUUGUCUUUGCUGCGAUGGAGCUCCUGAUGUUCAUCCUGGUACGACACAUGCCACAGCUCAGCUCCAAGGUGUCCGACUCCCCAAGUCAUGUUAUCAGCAAGCAGCAGCAGCUUUCAGAAGAGAGUACGCGGCUUGUAGCAUCUACAGUGACCAUUCUAGCUGAUCUGCCUCCUUUGUGUUCACCAGCAGGUUGUAUGACCAUGCUGCCUACCAUUCUUUACUUGGUCACUAAAGUCUUGAAGGAGACUGCAAUAAAGUCUUCAGAUAAUCAGAUGCCAUUGCCGGUUAGUGCCUGCUUACAAGCGAUAAAAACCAUUGUCACUUCUCCACUGGCCAAGUCAGAAAAAACCCAGAAGAAGUGGACUGACCUAAUUCGUAGCACUUUAGCAUCUGUGCUGGAGUAUCCACAGACAGGUGACUCCAAACUGGAUGAAGUAAGCUUACUGACGGCUGUUGUACUUUUCCUGUUGUCUGCAAGCUCAGAGAUUAUCGGUGUGCAGUCAUUACAGACUGGGUGUAUAAACAAGUUCAAAGCAGCCAUUACAUCCAGUGACCCUGGGGUUCAAGCUAAAGCUUACCAGCUGCUGUUGUCAGUUUUUCAACAUUCCAAUCGCGCAAUUUCUACUCCAUAUAUUCACGCACUGGCGCCCAUCAUGGUGGAGAAUCUCAAAGCUGUUGAAAAGAAGAGACCAAGUAACAACUCUGAGCUGCUGGCAGUACAGGAAGGGAUAAAAGUUCUGGAAAGACUGGUUGCUUUGGGAGAAGAGAAGAACCGAGUCCAGCUGCUUGCCCUCCUGGUUCCUACUUUAAUUUCUUACUUGCUUGACGUCAAUACAUUUAGCUCUGCGUCUCCCUCGUCAAAGGAUCUCCAUGAGUUUGCACUGCAGGAUUUAAUGCGCAUUGGGCCUCUUUACCCACAUGCUUUUAAAACUGUAAUGGGAGCUGCUCCAGAACUGAAGGCCCGGCUGGAGAGUGCCAUCCGAGCUAACCAAGCAAGCAAAGCCAAAGCUGCCUCCCGACAGCCUGCUCCCACCAUUCAAAGUGCUCCUACCAUCAAAUUGAAGACCAGCUUUUUCUAGUCAAGCUCCCUUUGUGAACAGGAGGUUGGCAUUCAGUUCUGCACAUAGGAUUUGGACUUGCUUAAAUCCAGCAUGGCUCAUUCCACUCUCAUACACCAGGAGGUCUUCCUGGCAUUAAGAAUAUUAAAAUAGUUUUCAGGACAAACAUUUUUCACUUUCCAGCCUUCACACAUCCUUAGCUUGGGAAGUAGAACUAAGAUGUUCUUCGUUAAUCCAAGUACUUAUUUUAUCUACCCUUUUUCUUCAGUCUUGACAUUUUAACAUUAGUAAUAUCUCAAAAUCAGUGGACCGUUUUUAUGUCGCAUUACACAGUAUCAAAUUCUUUCCACAUUUUAAUGAAAAAUCCAAUGUUACCGCACCCUGCCUGUUUACAUUAGUGCAAGGUUGGCAUAGAAGAGGGUGCAUCAGUGACUUCCUUAGAAAGGCAUUCUGAGGCUCUCACUGCUUUUUCAGACAGACCCACAUACAGAAUAUUAAUAUUUGUGGUGACGUGGCAGCAACCUGGAGCAAGCUGACCCUGAUAUUUCUAUAGACUAGAAUGGAGAGAGCCACAGACAUUUGCAUCUAUCUCUCUGUUCAGUCUUUGCCUGGAUGUGGUGACUAGUGGCCUCCUCACAAAGUAGGUUGAUGGUCCAGGGGUAACUGGUCUCACAAUAGGUGGGAUCCUCACCUAUUAGACAUUUAUGGCAUAUCCUGUGGUUAUGCGAUAAAUGUCUAUCAUGGGAAGCCACAUUUAAAGAGACAAUCUAGUCUUAAUCUUUUUUUUUUUUUUUGUCAAAAAAUACAUUUGUCCUGAUUCACGUUCUCCAACCUGCACCUUCUCUUAAAUCAUAGGGGCUGUGGUGCUCUUUUAAAGUCCUGGGGCCCUUUGACUUUCCCCAACUAUUCUGUUAGAAGAAUAGUGCAGUUCCCGACAUGCACCUUAUUUUCUGAAGUGUCUGAUGUAAUGUGUAAGGCUUGACAAAUAUUCCGUAAGUAUUCUGUUUAGCUUCCUUGGUCACAGUUAUGUAUGCCAUUUCAUUCUGUAUUUUACUAUCUGAAAGUGACUACAAAUAUAUUGUAAUAAAGGGAUAUUUCCAUCUUGAAAAUUGAGGGCAUAUUGUUAAUGUAUGCCAUCACUUUAUGAUCAUGGGGGUCCGACAUCUGGGAGACUAAAGGGACUGCAGCACUAAUUUAGCCCUGCGCCUCUUCACUAUUUUUUUGCUCCUGGCCACCUGCCGUGCAGGGUACUCCAGCACACCCCAUUCACUUGCAUGGAGCUGUGUGGGUGGCUGGGUGCAGCUUAGCGUCAUUGUGUCAUUCUCCAAGAGGUCGGACCCCCGCUGAUCAUAAUGGGAUGGCAUAUUGUAGAGAUAUGCCAUCAUUUUAUGAUUUGGAAAUACCCCUUUAUCCAAUCGGACCAUUGCACUCCAUCAGUAUGCAUAUCCUCUACAGUUUUCUUCUAGCACAAUAUGGGAAAAGAUCAAAAUCCUACGCUGUCUAGAGAGGCUACAUACGAUGGCACACAUCUCUUGUUUUUAUUAUAAUUGGGUAAUAAUGGAUCCAAACAUCUCAUGUAAAAAAUAAAGAUUAGCAGUUAUUUAUAUGUAUAUUUCUCACUUUUUUAGGUGUUCUGGGGCCCAGGUGGCAAAGGUCAUUUCUGUUCUGAAUGUUCAUUCUCUUUUAUCUGUUACAGUCUGAAUUUAGAAAGUAUCAUUUCCAGUUUCUGGGUCUAUACUAAAUGAUGUGUGAAUCGCUGUUUUACUGUGUAUUAUGGAUUUUUGUAAGGAACCUUAUUGAUAAUUGUAAAUAUGCAAAAUGAAUUCAUUUUAAAAUGUAUUUCACCUUUCCAUUUCACUGUAGAUAUAAAACACACAUGACCUAGAAUGGACACAUGAUCGGGGAGAUGCAACACACACUAUACCUUCUAUAUACUGUAUGGUUGGGAGAUGUAGCACACACUAUACCUUCUAUAUACUGUAUGGUUGGGAGAUGUAGCACACACUAUACCUUCUAUAUACUGUAUGGUUGGGAGAUGUAGCACACACUAUACCUUCUAUAUACUGUAUGGUUGGGAGAUGUAGCACACACUAUACCUUCUAUAUACUGUAUGGUUGGGAGAUGUAGCACACACUAUACCUUCUAUAUACUGUAUGGUUGGGAGAUGUAGCACACACUAUACCUUCUAUAUACUGUAUGGUUGGGAGAUGUAGCACACACUAUACCUUCUAUAUACUGUAUGGUUGGGAGAUGUAGCACACACUAUACCUUCUAUAUACUGUAUGGUUGGGAGAUGUAGCACACACUAUACCUUCUAUAUACUGUAUGGUUGGGAGAUGUAGCACACACUAUACCUUCUAUAUACUGUAUGGUUGGGAGAGGUACACCCCCCUUCCCCCUUCUUUCAAACUACAAAUAUGAAAAAUAAAUACCCUUUGUGGGUAAAGCAAACUUUUUGGGAAUAAAGCUGAAAUGUGUUAUGUUUAGUCACUGUGCAAGGUACGUUUUUCUGAGAAGUAAAAGAAUUUAUGGCCAGCUCACCCUUCCUGUGCUGCAUGGACUCCGCUUGUGAACGUGGAAAACUAAAGUAUAAAAUAGUCUGGCAUCUCAAGAUCCGAAAAUUUUUAACCUAGGGCUACACAGCAAAAGUCAUGUAAUAAGAUUGCAACAUCGCAUUUAAUGGUUGUCAAUGAGGUCAUACUGUACUGGACAUGCAAACCCAACACGACAGUUGCAGAAAUUCCAGAUUGCGCAGAUGUGAUUUUCCCAGCAUAGAACUCAAUGUAAAAUUGUAUUUAUUUUGCGGUCCGCAAUUUGGAGAUCCUCAAAAUACAGAUGCGCUCCAUAUGCUGCCUGCAUUUAUAUUGCAGACCGAUUGAGUUCAAUGGGUCCAUGGUCUGGAUUUUGCAGACCUAGUGUAUCUUUUUGUGGAAUGCACAUACGAAUGAUCUGUGUUUUCCGCAUCCGUAUGUCUGUUCUGUAGAGGGAUCGAACAAGUCCUAUACUUGGUGGAAAAAUGCAGACCAUGAACCUACCAUCUCCUACUCUCCUAAGGUACGCAUUUAUAUAUAGUGAGAUGUAACGGACCUAUUGAUUCUGGACAUUUUACUUCCUAGCAAAAUAACUGUUCAUGUAGAUGCAGCGCUGAGACCAACGAGCGAACAAUUAUCUAGAUACCUGUGGCCAUCUUUAUCAUUCAGAAAGAUGCAGUACAUAUUGUGUUUGGGACGUGUCAGGUAUGAACGUUGGUGCAUAGAUAAUGUAAACGUCAGGAUAGGUCAUCAAUAUCAGAUUGGUGGGGGUCUGACUCUUGGCACCCUCAGCGGUUUGAAGGGGUUGCUGUGCCCUCUUCAAUGUUUACCUGCACACCGAAUAGGAGUAGCUGUAAUUAUACUGCACCCAAAUUACAAAGUAGAUGGUGUUUGGUUAAACACUGAACAGGACGCAUCCCU